AUUGCAUGAUUUGCUUCUGUAUUACGCCGAUAUGCCAUAGAAAUAUGGAUGGAACCAGAGGACGGACGGGUCCUGUAUGUAGUGUCGGGUCGUGAAUUAUGAUGUUUAUGGCACGGUGCAUUCAUCGUAAAAUGCAUGAUCGAUGCACUUUGAUGUGGACUUCCCAAUAUGAUUCAUGCAAACAACAAGAGGAGGAGGAACGAUGAUUUCUGCAUUCCAAGAUGAUGUCUGACAAUGUAUAGACAUCAUGAGCACCAAAGUCUUGGGCAAGAACAACCUGCCAGUCCUACCACAUCAACAGAAAGAUGCAUCCCUAUUAAGCGUCGUUUGCUUAACAAAUUUUACUCGUCCAAAAGAACUGCAAGUGCUCAAGCAAACGGUAGAAUACCAGUGUCAGAUGCAGAGCUGUCUUGUCAUGGUGUUGAGCAAGCAGAGGCACUAGACUUACGCAAACGAAAGAAAGCAACGAGUAGCAGUUUACCUCGUUUCAAGUGGGAGAGUGCGGAUAGGCAGGAACAGGCGAGCCAACAGCUGCAGAGUCCGGACACAAUCUUGGAACAGUGCCUUAGAGGUGUGGAUCCCGUAACUGGAAGGCCAACAGUGCAGAAUGUCCUUCGAUAUCACGAUCUCUCCAAACUAUCCAUUGGGGAAAGAACCGAGUUGGAUAAGAUGCGUGAUGAUGAGAUUCUAGCAAAGUAUUUGAAAACUGCUUGUGAACAACGUGAUCGAGCAUUGUACCAUUCCGAGUCAUCUGCCAGAAGGCCAUCAAAUUCAAAAGGUACGAUAUCAACUAUGUUGUUUGAUCAGGAGCCACACUGGGACGGGCCUGACAACUUGGGUUCAAGGCUUUCAAGAAAACCUUCAAGAGCUGAUGCCUUUGGCCGUUCGAAAGGCACAACCCCCACAAGGCAACAUCAACUAUGUGAAUCGCAAAGUGAAGCCUAUUCUGCAAUACCGCAAGAUCUUGCAAGGAUGGGAAGUGAUCUCUCCACCAUAUCAGUCAAUGAUCUCUGGGCCCCUGUUAUUGGUUCCCACGAUCUUAUUUCUGUGCAUCAAAUUUCAUCACUCGCCGCAGAUGAAUCCGAUAACUUUCCACAGAUUGGAAACAGUAGUAUUAGAACAGAUUAUGAGAUUCCAUCAAACUCGAGAAAUGUGACGUUGAAACAACCAAAGGGGGAACAACAUUUUGUUGCUCAUUCUUGCCAGAGGACAACAAGCCAUAGCAAUGUUUCAUCAGGGGGAACGGCAAGUUCAGGAGAAGCGGAACACUUACAUGUAGGUGUGGUAGAGAGGUUGCACAAUCAUAUUGAAAACAUAGUUGUGAAAAGUGAAGCUGACACCUGUAGCUUCGCAGAAAAUGGGCAGAACUUGACACAAGCAACUAAUGCCAAAAGAGACCCAGAGUCAAAAGCCACUGUCGGUGUUAAGAACGCAGCAGGUGGAAAGUGCCCUAUUUGUUCCGAUGUAGUUUCUGGAUACCAUUAUGGCACGCAUUCUUGUGAGAGCUGCAAAGGUUUCUUCAAGCGAACUAUCCAAAACAAGAGAAAUGAGCGCUUAGCUUGUGCCUUAGCUGGCAGCUGUGUGAUUAUUUUGCAGAAUCGUAAACACUGUGCCUACUGUCGUUUCAAAAAAUGCCUGGAUGUUGGCAUGAAGCAGGAAGCUGUCAGAGGAGACAGGCAAAGGGGAGGAAGGAGUAUGUACGAAGGAUCCUCUGAGCAGAGAAGACGGCUGCAGCUGCAGACACAGCAGCAGCAAAACGAAGCCCUCGGACAAAUCAAGAAACGUAAACCUCGUAAACGGGCCCCCAGUACAGCAACUCAACCUCCGGCGGGGGACAGAGACGAUCAAAGUCUUGAAAUCAUGAGGAUACUCCCUCAGCAAACUCUUGGACACCAGGAACGCAUGCUGUCCAACCCUGUGACCUCAUCUGCUUCAAUACCCACAACUUCAACGGACAUCUCUAUUAAGCCGUCAACGUCCACUGGAAGCACAACAAGUAGUGACUCCUGUGACGAAUACAUUCUUUACCUCAGAAAACUGGAAAGCAUUGAGGCAACGUUCUUCAAUCCCUUUGGCUUGCCAAGGAUCUCCAUUGACCGGUGUCACAGUGAGAAGAGUCUCCUAACGGGGUCCUAUUAUCUUAUGGAUCAUUUCUGCAAGAAGAUGCCUUCAUGGAUUGAGAUGCUGCCAUACCUCCAUGACCUAGAGGUUGGUGAUCGCUCAGUCUUGCUGAAAGCAAACUGGCUCCAAGUUCUCGUCUUGACCGUUUGCUUCCGUUGCCAUGACAAUGAAGGUCAUCUCAUCCUGCCGGACCGGUCACACUGUGACAUGAUGGCGGUGGUCAAUUCUGUUGCCAUUUUGGACAUUGUGAGGAGGAUGAAGCAGCUGGCCCAGAAGCUCCAAGCCUUGAAGACAACGCAAGAUGAAUAUUUCUACCUCAAACUUCUCAUUCUGCUGAACUCAGAUGUGAAAAACCUCUCUCAGCCUUCAAGGAUACGCAGUUACCAGGAGAAAGUGCAGGAGCAUCUCUUUGACCUGGGCAUGGCGAGGGAAGGCAUCUCAGCGAGCAUGAAGAUAGGGAGGCUCCUCCUCAAGCUCUCGGAGCUGGAGCGUCUCUCUCAUCUCAUCAAGGAGCACUUGGUCUUUACUCAGGUCGCAGGUCAGCUCGGUCACAGGAAGUAUUCAAACCUAGAGGAUAUGCUGGAGGAUUACUAAGGUAUACCUCUCGCAAAAAUAAUGAUAAUAGCUAGUUCUUAUAUAGCGCUUUUCAGGACCGAAGGACCUCUCAAAGCGCUUUACAGAUAUAUAUAUAUAUUAUUACCCCGGUCAUCGGAUUCAGGCUUACCCGCCCACAGCGCAUGUACAUUCUCCGCUCCCUAGGGAGCGUUCCAGCCGGGCAUCAUUUUACGAGCACACACUUGCUAAUCCAAUUACAUUAGCUUUCGCAUCCUACCGGGUACCCAUUUCACACCUGGGUAGAGAGUGGCAAAUGUAGAUCAAUGUCUUGCCAAAGGACAUGAGUGCCGCGGUGGGACUUGAACCGCCGAUCUUGUGAUCCACAGUCCGGUGACAUAACCACUCGUCCAGGAUACCUUGUCAAUCGUGAGUUGAGACUUGGCCCCGUUUCAUCAAACUUGUCUGACGUUGCGGGACGUCCGGGUCGGAUCCGGGAACUGCUCCAAGCUAUGAAGAACUCCGGCAUCACACAUUAAAGUAUGAAGAUACAUAUAUUUCAUAUUUUUUAUCAUAAAAAAAGGGUCUACCUUUAUAUAAGGAUUAUGUUUCCUUUCAGGUUGCAACCUAUUCAGUUUAUUUUAUGUCCUUGUCAAAUAUGUUCACAAUGUGUAUUUUAUGUGAUAUAUAGCUGAUUGUUAUAUGAAAUGUUGUCGUUUUAACUGAAUGAAAUAAAAUUGAAUUGAAUUGAAUACAUCCAAGUUAGAUUUAUUUGAACAGCAUUCCUAAAAAGAAAAGAAAAUAUACUAAAAUGUAUUUUAAUUAGUUAUUUAAAUCUCCCUAUAAUUUGACUUUUUGGAGAGUUAUGCACACGUUAUACUCCUGUCGCAAGAAGGAGACCAAUCCCAGACAAAAGAACACAGAUUACCUUUCCCCAAUGGCCAACAAACGUUGUGGAGCGUUAACAUUGUAUUGUGCAAGUGUGGAAGAAAAUCAGAGAAAAUAUGUUAUCUGAAAAGCAUGGCUCUUCAAAUGCUUUAAUAUUCUAAAUAUGGCAUGUAACAUCAUACAAAUCGGGACAGAUUUUUUUAUGCCAUAUGUUCGUGUAGUACCAUAUACAUCUUUCUGUGUACAGUGCUUGUAACUUUAUCAAGACUAGGCCAAAUUUCUUAUCAUUUUGAUGAUUCCAGAACCUUGCAGUACACACAAAUAC